GGUCCAUCGUUGCCGCGACGUGAUCGUUUGGAACUGAGAGAGCGAUAUUGUCGUACCAUGCUUAUCUUAUUCAAGCCUUGGACUACUGUUUUGGACUUGCGUAGUACAUUUAGUACGUGGUCUGACGCAUUUGAAGACUUUGUGAAGACUUGCUCACCUGCAAAACUUUGGAUUAUGAAAAAUAUGCAGAUUCUACAUGAAUGCAAAGACAGUCGGGAUGAU